AUGAUUCAGCUGUGGUUACUUGCAGGUGACUUUAAUGACAUCAAAUGUGAAGAAGAACAAAGAGGGGGUAGGUUGCCUAACCAAGCUAAGCUUAAGAGGUUCAGGGACAACAUUGAGGAUUGUAGACUCGUUGACCUUAACUCUAAAGGACCAAAAUUUACUUGGAGGGGACCUGUAGUCAACUUUGCAGAUAGACUUUAUAAGAAGUUAGGCUGUGGGCUAUGUAAUUCUGAGCGCAAGAAUCGAUUCCUAGAAGCCUUUAUGAAAGUGGGACCUAAAAUACAAUCUGACCAUCAUCCUCUCAUUCUCCUCCUAAAAGGCCCGGAAGGGAGGAAAAUUAAUAGACCUUUCAAAUUUGAGGCAAUGUGGUUGAAACACAAAGAUUUCAAAAGAGUGCUGAAGGAUAAUUGGCAAAGAAAUGAUGAAGUGUGGAAUGAUCUGGAAGAAUUGGAACCAAAAUUGAAGAUUUGGAAUCAGGAGGUGUUUGGUAACAUCAAAAAACAGAAAAAGGAGAUAUUGAAUAGAAUUGCUGGGAUUCAAAAAAGCUUACAAAGAAGUCAAAAUCCAUUCUUGGAAGACUUAGAGAGUGACCUAAGAGAGGAGCUUAGAGAAGUGCUUGAAUGA